AUGGCGGCGAACAGUGCCUUUCGUACGCUCGCUCGCCUCACCCUCUUUUCUGGUCCGCAGUGCUCUCUUUGUGACGUCGCUAAAGCUGAACUCUCAAAAGUCCGACAAUCGCGUCAGUUCACCUUGGACAUAAUCAAUAUUCAGGACGCAGGCCAGGAGCGUUGGAAGCGCAAGUAUGUCUAUUGGAUCCCGGCGCUGCACAUCGACGACAAAGAAGUCGCCAAGGGCCGCUGGGACGCACAGACAGUAAACGACGCGUUGGACGAAUGGGAGAAGAUUCAGAAACCCACGGAGCUGAGGGAAGACCCCUCUCCCCUCUAG